AUGGCGACGGGCGAGUACUUUGGCAGUAGUAGCGCUGGGUCUUUCACGAACCAGAUCAAAGCUGCUAUUGAUGCGAGGCUGGGCUCUUCGACGGAGAAUAGGAGUGUGAGAAGCUCGCUCUUCCGCUCGACACUUCCUCUCAAUGGCUCUGGUGUAGGAGGGCAAGCUGACUAUGUCCUGCCAGCCCGGAAGCAAGCUGAUCACUUGACGGACCUCUACUGGUACUACGUUGAUCCGUUGUAUCCUUUCCUAGACCGACAGAGAUUCGAGCACUCAUAUCGAGCGCUCUUUGCCGGUACCUCGCUCGAUGCUGAUGAACGCAUCUUUGUGAGCAUCCUCAACAUCGUAUUCGCACUCUCUACGCAGUUGAUCGAGUCACUGCCUCCGGAUCAGAGGGAUUCAUCCAGCCAGGGUUACUUCACUCGUGCGCAGGACUUGCUCCAGCUGAGCCUUUGGGAUACUGGCUCCAUCGAGCUGAUUCAGUGUCUGCUGAUUAUGAGCCAGUACCUGCAAAGUACAAAUAAUCCUCACCAGACAUGGAUGAUUGUCGGGUCCGCCGUGAGAAUCGCGCAGGGCCUUGGGCUACACUUGCCAGAGACGGCAUCGGAACUCUCAAAUGAGCCCGAAAGGGAUCUCGUCAAGAGGAUAUGGCAUGGAUGUAUCCUGAUGGACAGAAUGAUCGCCAUCACCCAUGGACGUCCAGCGAUGAUCUCAGACCAGCUGGCGUCAAGUGUGAUAUUGCCUUCGAUCCCGGAUACCAAUGUCACCAGCGUCGAUGGAGUACAGCUAGGCGCCAUUCAACUUCACAAGCUUCGGUACCAAGCAUUUUUCCACAAGUCGCUCGAGCUCUAUGAGGUUAUCAACCACGCAGUUCUCGCCUUCUACUCAUCAGCAUCACCCCUAAAGUCGCCUACUUACCCGAACGGCACAGGAAGCACGACUCAGCGUACUCUCGGAAGACCAGAGCUAGAUCUUGGGAAAGCUCUACAGCUUGAUCAGCAGUUGACGAAAUGGGAGAAGAGCCUACCUAGCUUCCUGACUAUGGCUGAGCCUGAGACUACUCUGGAUGAGGUCUUUCGCAGACAGGCGGUAAUCCUGCGUAUCAGGCUACUUCAUGCACGCAUGCUCCUCCUCAGACCCAUGCUCACUCGGUUCUGCCUUUCUCAGUGCCCAGAAACCUCCCAGGCUCACGACGAUCUCUCAUCUCGGGUCGUUCAGCAAUGCGCAAUGGUCUGCGUUGAAGCCGCGCAAAGUCUCAUCUCAUUCAUCGUACAGUUUCAGCAACAUGACGGCACCCUCGGUCUUCUUCCAGCCUGGUGGUAUCGCGUGUUCUAUAUCUACACAGCUGCCACGGUCCUCAUCGCAGCAAGACUCCGACCCGCGGUCUUUUCUUCGCUCGACAUCUCCCGAUCGUGGAACCAGGCAAUGGGUCUGCUCCACGACCACGAGAACCUAGGGCCUUCUCCGCGGAGGUGUGCCGCGGCACUCCAGAUCCUCUCGACGAAGAUGUUCCAGGAUCAGCAACCACAGCCGGCUGCUCUCCCGAACUCGGAAACCAACGCUGCAGUGCCAAGCAUCACCAAUGAGCAGCAGGAAACCUUUGAUAUGCCCUUUCCCUACUUGACUCAGGAUGCAGCAUUUGAUAUGGACGCAAUCACGUUUGACAUCAACGAUUUUUCUUGGCUUAACAGCAUGCCCGGAAGUUUAUGA